AUGCCGCGUCACGUUCCGUCUUUUCCGGUCCCGGCGCCCGCCAGCGUCCCGAGGGCGUUCGACCUGACCUCCUACAUGGGGCAGUUCCACGACCAGCUCGCGUCUCGCACCGAGCGGUGCGAGGCGCUCGAGCGCGAGCUCGAUUCGACGAAGAAGGAGCGGGACGAGUGCGUCGCGGCGCUGAGGGCGACCGCGAUGUCGCUCGCGACGGCGCAGUCCGAUCUCGCAUCGGAGCGCGCCGCGAACGAGGAGCUUCGGCGCCAGAUGUCGGAGAUGCUCCGCGAUCACCAGGAGUGGAAGGGCGCCAUGGCACGGAACGACGCCGAGCUGGCCGAGAUGCGGGCGACGACCGCGCGCGAGAAGGAGGUGGAGAUCCAGCGCGAGUGCAAGCGCAUCGUGGACGACCUCAAGCGCGAGCUGAGGGACACAAAGAAACGCGCGGCCACGGAGAAGGCGAAGAUGGCGGCCGAGCUGAAGCAGGCGACGGCGAUGCGAGACGCGCACGCCGCGCAGACGGAGUUGCUCCUCGUGGAACGCAACAAGCUCGGCGACGAGCUCAUGCGCGUGAGGACCAAGGCGAAGCUCGCGGGUAAGGCGAAGGCGGCCAACCCCGGGCUCACCCCUUCCCCCGCGCCGGGUGCCGCGUACAGGAGCGCGCUGAAGCAGCGGGAGCGCGCGGACGAGGCCAAGCCACAGCUGGCGGACGACCGCGACGACACAGCUGUCGUGCUCUCCCCGUUUACCCCAAACCCGGCGUCUGCGUCUCCGGGGGGCGCCGCCGGCACAGCCGUGCGAAGAAAAUCGCGCCUCACCCACGGCCCGCCCGAUCACCCCACCGCCACGCCCACCCCACAAACCCCUCCGACGAACCCCUCCGACGUCGACUCCGCGUACAAGCCGAUGGGCCCAGGGCGGGACUGCACCCUCGACGCGGCGGCGAAGGAAAAAGGAUGGAACAAACACACCGUCCGGUUCGCGUGGGUCGACGAAAACAUCGGUUGGUCGAACGAGUCACCCGCGCGCGAGUCACCGGGAGUGAGUGCUGCGCUGGGGGAGACGACUCUCGUCGCGAUGCGUAAGAAGGCGCUCGCGGAGUCCGCGCGGGUCGGUCUGGCGAGGGCGGGACGAAAGCCGCUGACGGUGAGAGAGGUGAGGGACGUCUCCUCCGUCGUCACCGUGGGCGUCGAGUACCCGCGGUGA